CAAGCAUCAUAAGGUCUUUUACGACAACAUGGCCGACCCCGUCGAUGAGGAGGAUGAUUACAUGAAUAUGGUCAUCGCAGAACCGUCCAAGCCCAAAGAAAAAGAAACCUACACCCAACGUCGCCUGCGCAAAGAGCGCGAAUCUGAAGCUCGAGGUAGAGUCAAAUCAAAAGCAGAGCAGGAAGCAGAUGAAGCUGCAGCUCGUGAAGCUGCACUCUCAAAAUCACUACUCGAAGAUGCCUCUGCUACUAAGAGCAAGGGUCUUGCGAUGAUGGCAAAGAUGGGCUUCAAGCCUGGCGUCGCAUUGGGAAGUAAGGACAAUAUCGAUGCCCGGACUGAACCUAUUCACGUCACAAUGAAAGAGGACCGAGGUGGAAUUGGCUUGGAUUCGGAGAAGAAGAGAAAGUUCCGGGAGGAAGUCGAGAAGGAGGGCAAGCGGGUUAAGGCCGAAGAAGGAGAAUACAGGGAUCGAGUAAGGCAAGAAAGAGAAGAUACCAGACUCGAGGGCAUGGUUGGUGCAGUUAUGAGAGUUGCAGAACGCAUGACGGGAGAAAGAGAGGAAGACGCAGAGGAUGAAAAGAAAAUAUCCACCAAACCUCUCAAGCAGAUUAAUGUCUUGUGGCGAGGACUGAUCCGAAAAAGGGAAGAGAAAGAACGGGACAGGAGGAUGCGUUACGAUCUUCAUCAAAGUCUCUCACGACUACCUACAUACGACGAUCCCGAUGAAGAUGCGGAUGACAAGAGAGCUUUGGGCAAGGAUAGGAUCCAGCAUACUCUUGUGGAAGACCUUGAAGAAGAAGACCCCGAACUGGACGAGUUCAAUGCAUUGGAACCAGCAGAACGACUUCACAAGCUUGUCUUGUAUCUGAGAGAGGUAUUCAAUUACUGCUUUUAUUGUAAAUUUACGUACCCGGACAAGGACAUGGAAGGUUGUCCUGGUUUAACAGAAGAAGAUCACGAUUAAAAGGUUAUCGGUGCUUAGGAAUGAUACCCAAUUUGAAUUUGAGGAGAUCAGGU